AUUCCGCAAUAUUUACAUUGAUUUCUCAUAGAUUUGUGUUCAUUUUAAAAUGUAUUAUAAUAUAUAUAGAUAUUUGUUUGUUUUUUGUCAUUACCGUCUUCUUUAGAGCUUAUCCUGCUUUUUAAAUUGCUAUAGCACAAGUUUUUGAGAAUUUCCUGGUGCCUUUUCCCACUACAAACAAUGUUAUUUUAUUCCUGGUGAACUUAUUGUGUUUUAACACUCUUGGGUGUGUUUUGCCUCUGAUGUUUGUGCAGCAGGCGAUUUAAUAAGAGCAUAUAAAAGCGCGUUCAUAUUUCAUGCAGUCAAAUGUGAGGUAGUAGAAGCUGCAGAGAAACCGCUGACACAUUUCAUGCUGUCGCUGAGAAGGAAAUCUGAGGCGUCUUUCUUAGCUUAUUAACAUCUCACACCACCCACCCCUUUAUUUUAAAUGGUCAUUCAGAAAUCUAAAUCUGUGUAAAACGCCGCCACAUGUUAAAGUGUAGUGAUGUAAUCCACAAAUCCUCACACUGUCCUGAGAAACGUCCCCAAAGUCCACCGGAGCAGCAUUUUCUUUCCCCUCCCUUCCCUCUUUUUGUCCCCCCUCCCUCUCCCCUCUUCUUCUAUAAGCCGACCUCUACUGUAUCUACUCCCGGCAUCACACUGCAGAGCACUGAGGAGGACUCAAAACGCACCAGAGAAGGACACUUGGGAGGAUGCUCCAUUUUACGAUAGUAUUACUUUUUGGGUUUGCAUCAGCUCAGAAAGUGGUUCAGUUGAUGUAUUGCUCCAUCGGGGAGAACCACCUGAGAAUGGAUUGCAAAUAUGCGCUCCCCCAGGAGUCACCGGAACCCUUCUGCAAGUACACGCAAGGUGAAAGGCUCCUCGACACCACCGACCCUGACGAGGAGCAGCACGCGCCCUUCAAGAACCGCGCCAAAGCCCGCCUCUUCCCGGGAAACAUCUGCCGCCUGCUGUUCAAAAACCUUCCCAACGGCAAGUCCAACUUCACCUGCAACAUCAAACAAGCUGAGUCAGGCACAGCCACCAAAACUUCAGUGGUGGAAAAAAUGCUCCUCCUCCCCUGCUCAGCAUGGAGUGUCCUAUUCCAAAGCUGCAGUGGCCUGCUGCUGACCUUGAUGACACUACCUGUGCUGCUGGAAACCCACUGGCUGUGAGGCAGGAGCAACCGCAUAUGUUCACACUGCAUCCUCUGGUGACGAAUGCUGGACUCUCCCUCAAGUUGUGUGUAUGCACAAGGUGCAAUAAUCGAAACUGAAUGUAUUUAUUACUAUAUAUUUGGUAUGUCAUAGGGCUGAAUUAUCUACAAUAUGCAUUCAAUUAUGAGCACAGAUAUGGCUGCGUACUCUUUGUACUCACAAAUACAAGCAGCUGUUUAAGCGGUAGUAAUAAUCUCCCGGGAUUAAAUCAAAUUCCGGACAGAUUUGCUUACAACUUUAAAAGCAUGAAUGUGACUCAGCUCUAAAUCUGAGAGUCUGUAUGCUGUUCACUAUAUACACCCAGUUUUAGCAAUUGUAGUCUAAACUAUUAUGAAUAUUACGUAUUCACGACAGAUCGUAUCUGUUUCUGCAAGGUGAUCAGCAAACUUCUAAUAAUGAUGCAACAUUGCUCCCCACAGCGUGAGUUAUUACUGAGUUCCAGCACUAUUUAAGACAAGCAAUCUAUUUUGCUGGACGGAAAUCUGUCCCUUGUGUCUUUUCCUGGCUGCUCAUCAAGUCAUGAGGAGAGGAGCGCUGUGACACAGGGCACACAAGUCCACUCAAAGACCGGCUGUGUUUUUUUUUCUUAAUAAGAUUUGGAAUAGUUACAAAGAAUGCAAUUGAGUGUAACUUUCAGAAACAAUCCUUAGAGAGCACAAACCCACAUGCAUGAGCUGCAAAGUCUUACUGCAAUAUUACAUACGGAUGAUAUACAGGAAACCAAAACACCUUGUGAUCUGAUUUUGCCUUUCACUUGUGCCUGACGCCGUCAUGUUCAGGCUUGCUCCUUCAAAGCUAUGAAUAAAAUCCAGGGUGUGACAGUUCUACUUAGAAAUGUACUCGGAAUAUGAUUUUAAAAUUGCAGGGUUUUCUCUGAUUAUAAAGAGGAUUUUCUUAAGAAAAAUGUAUAGUUCUAUAGGUGAUUAUGUAGCACAAGCACAAUCACAUAGACUGAAAGCACUGCUGUGUUAUGUACUGUAUCAUGACAAUAAACUGAACUGACUCAAUGUAACAAAGAGGCAUUUUGUUCCAUGAAUUCCUCUCUAAUUAACCAAUUAAACAGUGGAGAGUA